AUGAGCAGCGCCCGCCUUCGCAGACAGAUGCGAGAGUAUUUAAACAAUCGCCUUCAGGAGUCACAGAGAGCUGCUACACAAGAGAGAAAAGAUCGUCUUAAGUCUUUUAUGGCUCAAGGCAAAGAACUUCCAAGAGAUAUCAGAGAUGAUGCUCUUCAAAUCCUUAAAGCUACAACAUAUGAUGACAAUGAGACUCAAUUUCAAAAUGAACUUGAUAACGAAUACGCAAUGAUGGGUGUUGAAGAUCCUCUUGUUGCUGUUACGACUUCAAGAGAUCCUGCAGGCCCAAUCAAGACAUUUGCAAGAGAAAUAUCACAAAUUAUACCAAAUGCACAACGUAUUAACCGUGGUCAAAUGGAUUUGAAAGGAUUAGCUGAUCUUUGCAGACAACAUGAUAUGACAGACUUAGUUAUCGUACAUGGAACACAUGGUGACCCAGAUUGCAUCGUUAUUUCGCAUUUACCGUACGGACCAACAGCUUAUCUUUCAUUAAAGAAUGUUGUUAUGCGCAGAGAUGUUCCUGAUGCUCCACCACUCUCAGCAGCAUUCCCACACCUUGUUUUCGAGGAUAUGACCUCAAAAUUAGGUAAAAGAAUUACAGAUAUAUUAAAAGCACUUUUCCCAGUUCCAAAACCAGAAUCACAUAGAAUUAUAUCAUUUGUUAAUCGUAAUGAUUGGAUUUCUUUCCGCCAACACACAUUUACAAAAACUAAAGGACAAAUCCAGCUUCAAGAGGUUGGUCCUCGCAUGGAAAUGAAGCUGUUUAAGAUUGUUAGAGGUUCUAUUGAUAAUGCUGCUCCAGAAGUCGAAUUUGCUCUUAGAUCAUUUAUCAGAUCAAAAGCAGCUCUUCUCAAAGCUAAAGAAGAGGAUUCUGAUGAAGAAAAAUAA